AUGGCACCAACCGUCCUCUUCGUUCCAGGGUUCUGGGAAGGUCCAACAGUCUUCAACAAAGUGAGAUCUCUCCUAGCGAUGCAAAAUAUCACAGUUGAAGUCGCCGUGCUCCCAAGCACAGGCACUACCUCGCCCGGAAACCCAGGGAUGAAAGAUGACGUAGCCGCCGUCCGCACCCAUAUAGAAACUAUUCUCGCGCGAGGGGAGGACAUCAUCCUGGUACUACACUCGGCAGGCGGAUUUCUUGGAAGCGAAGCGAUGCGAGGACUGGACAAAGGAACUCGCAGCGACCAGCCCGGAGUAGUGAGCAUUGUGUUCCUCGCAGCUGCCAUAUAUCCAGAGGGACAUCAGCACCAGCCAUUACCCUUUGCCUUGGUCGAGGGCGGAGCCUCCCACUGCGCGCAACCCGAAUUCCUCCUCUUAGGCGAUGUUCCUGAAGCCGACCAUGCGGAGUGGCUCGCUGCUUUUAAAUCACAGCCUGCACAAGGGUGGGAUGAUACUGUCAGUUAUACGGGGUGGAAGGAUGUGCCUAGUGUGUAUCUGGUUUGUGAGGGUGAUAACGUGCUCCCGGUCCCGCUUCAGGAGCAGCUGGCCGGACUCGCGAGGAGUAAGGUCAAGCGGUGCAGUGCGGGUCACAUACCUAUGUUGAGCCAGCCUGAGGCUGUAGUAGAAGUGGUUCAGGACGCUUUGGAUAAGGCGUGA